GGUGACACCGUGUGUGUGUGGGGAAACGACGUGAAUUACUCUGAAGUCGUUGAAACAAAUUAUAUAUAUCAGGAGAAGAAUUUUUUCUUAAUCAGAAAAGCACCCGGAUAUGAGUGCAAAACAGUCGAUUGAUUCUCAAGCAGAACGAGUGGUACUUCGUCUCAUCCUUGUCAGCGGAAAAACUCAUGAAUUCGAAUUCCACCCACUCACAUCAGCUCACGACGUUACACAAAUGGUAUUCGAUCAAUGGCCUGAUGAAUGGUAUGAAGAUAAAGUACAAAGUGCUCAAAUGCUCAAAUUAAUCUAUCACGGUCGAUUUCUACAUGGUUCCGUAACUCUUCACGCGCUCCAGCUAAUGCCCGGCAAAACAACCGUCAUGCAUUUGGUUACUAGGGAAAAUUUGCCGGAACCUAAUUCAAGUGAAACACUGACGAAACGAAAAUCCGCGGGUUGCUGUCGAUGUGUGCUCUCAUAGUCUUCGGAUCUACAUUCAAUUAUUUUAUUGAUGAUUUUCGAUGAUUUUUUUUGCCUCUCUACCUCUUUCUUUUUCUUUCUCUGGCCUUUUCUGGGAAUUUUGUCUUUAAAAGUUAAACUACUUUAAGACCAAACUUCCAGAAAACAUCCCAAUUUUUCCUUUCUUUCUGAAAUCCUCUCUCUUCCUCUCUCUCUCUCUUCUCAAACGGGAUAUCAGCCGACGACAAGUGUUUCUUUUAUUCCUUCAUUCCAUCGUUUUCUUGUCAAUUUUCCGAUCGGCUCCACUAGCUUUGUCUACUUUUUGCGUCUUCUUUCUGCCAAAUUCUGUGAUCUUCUGUUACCCUAACCGCCCCGCACCCGUUUGUUUUCAAUACCAAAAAUUUAACAAAAAAAAAUCAAAAUCAGUUCUCAUCUCGAUUCUGGUCAUUGCCCCUUUUCAACCACCCCUUUUUUCGAAAUUUUUUAUAAUUUUUCAUAAAAAUCGAGCUUUUAUCUAAUAGAAGUGCACUUUAAAGGUGCAUGUCUAUUAGGGGAAAUACAGUAAUCUCCUUUUCCCCUACUUCCAGCCGAUAUAGUCCGUGAUAUAGCCGGCUUCUCUUCUCUCCAACGGUGUACAUUACAAUUUUGCCCCCUUCUCCACACUCAAUUCUUCAAUUUGAAUUCAUUUUUUGAAACAUAAAAUCAUAUUUUUAAUCGAUGUUUU